UUGUUAUUGUUUUGGUCCACGGGAGUUCCGAUUUCUGCAAAAAGAAGAAUUUAGUGAAAUUAAUCCUCGAAAUAACCGGAAAUAUGGCAGAAACUGAGGCUGCCCCAUCGAAAUCGUUCGCCGAGAAGCAAGCCGAGCGUAUGGCGCGCUUGAAGAACCUGCACACUCAACGCAACGAAGCGCGGGUGUCGAAUCACAAAGAGGUGAUCGCCGAGGACGAACGGAAACAUUUGCCCGCAAACUGGGAAUCCCGACAAAAGCAGGCUGAAUGGUUAAUGGAUGAUCUGAAUGCCCGUACCGCUGCCCAAGAAAAGGGAUUGGACUAUAACCGGGUGAAAUUGCUGAACGUUUCGGCGGCCGAGGCCGAUCGGAUAGACAAACUCAAGGCCAAGAAGAAGAACGCAGAUCCGGGAUUCUCCGAUUACGAAGCGCAAACGGCACGGCAGUACAAUCGGCUGGUGAAAAAUCUUCCACCGAGGGAUCUGGUGAAGUACGAGGAGCAAAAGGAAAAGUACGGGGAAGCGUUUUACGGAGGACCGAACGUGAUACUCCAGGGCAUGCAUAAGGAUACGCCCGCCGCUAUCGAUAACAUGGUGAAGGAUCUCGAGGGACAGAUUGCCAAGCGGAAGAAGUUCUCGCGCCGUCGCACGCACAACGAUGAUGCAGAUAUUGAUUACAUCAACGAGAAGAACGCGCGGUUCAACAAGAAGCUGGAACGAUUCUAUGGCGAGCACACGGUCGAGAUCAAACAAAACCUGGAGCGCGGAACAGCGAUCUAAUUUUCUUUUUCUCUGUAUAAAUUCCAUAACCUGUAUCGAUAACAGUACGAUAUUUUAAUAAAACAGAUCUAUAAGGAA